GGUAGUUUGUAAAGAACAAAAUCAAAUUCAUUUAUUGAUGCCUGUUCCCUGUUCGUACAUUUAUAACACUGUAGAAACUGAUUAAUAAAGUGUGAGAGAAUAGACAUUAAAAACGGGAUUCUUCUAAUCGCGUGAAGGAUUGGCCAUAUGAAAAAUCGCAAAAAUGCGUCCACGUACAAUUUUUAUGGCUAAGGGACUGAUCAAUUAAAUAUUGCCAGUUGGACUGCUGAUUAGUCUAAAAUAAUAGAUGUGUUAUACGGGAUUCUUCCAAUCACUGAGUGAAGGAUUUGCCAUAUCAAAAAUCGUAAAAUAAAUCCGUCAACGUACAAUUAUUUGGACUAGACUGCAGAUUAGCUACAAUAAUGAGCGAUCAGGGAUCCUGUUUUAUCAUUCAAAUAUCUCUUAUGUAUUCCAUGUUUUUCAUGUCUGCCAUAGUAAAAAAAUUGUCAAAAGACUCGUUGACAGCGAUCUAGUUGGACUAGGCUGAGGAUUGGAUUUUACUCAAAAUAUUUUGCCAAAUAUUGGCAUUGAAAGACAAGCAACUGAUUUAUUCACACCUUAGUCUAAAAUAAUAUAUGUGUUAUACUGGAUUCUAGGAUUUGACAUAUCAAAAUCCGUAAAAAAUAUGUGAAUGUACAAUUAUUUGGACUAAUUCACACCUAUGCUGGCAAAUAAUGACAGGAAUCCUGUGAUGGACCAACAUAUGGCAAUGAUUACAACAUACCAAGGGUUUUCUCAUACAUGCCAUAUUUUCUGGAGACCAUUCAGGGGGAUUUGUUCAAAAGGCUGAAAAUUCAGGCUGAGGACUAGUCAUGCCUCGAAAUAGUCCAGAAGGUACUGGAACUAUUGAAAUUCCAAAAUCAGUGCUGGAGCAACUAUUAAGGCAGCUGAAUAUGUCGGAACAGAUCAGAAAUCAGAUGGCCGCCAAUAUUGAUGAAAAUGGCCACCCAGAAGUCAGUGUCACUAACUCAUCUGGUGGGAAUGACUGUGAAUCACAGAGGAAAAAACUCGUUCAACAAACGUCAGAGCCUUCCCAGUCUAACAGGAGGAGUUUUGAUUAUGACAUGAAGAGAAAGUCUUCAGCUCCAGCUAUCUUUGUGUUUCCUGAAUGCAGUGAAAGCAGUUUUUCAUCUUCACAAAGUUACAAUUCUCAGCUUGUAAGUUCCGAUGGACUGGCAGAUACAGUGAGACAAUGCUCUGAAACUGAAGUCAGACAGACUGGUUUGGAAUUCAGAAGCUUUGGUGAUGGUGCAGAAAAUUCAUCCUUUAUUAAUGAAAAACAUGUAAAGACUGGACUGUUUCAGAAGAUCAGUCUGAAAUCACCACCAGGGGUGGCUAGAAUACACUUUGACGCUGUUGUGCAAGAAUUGGCCAAAACAAAGAAAUAUUUGCACUCAUUGCAAAUGAGACAGGGUUUAGAACAUGAAAAACGUCAUGAGUUUGAGAAGAUGAAGAAGGAAAACCACGCCCUUCAAAUCAAAACAGAGCUGCUUCAUAAAGAGUUGCAGAGGGUGAGAAAUGAGUUGCAGAAUACCGCAAAGCCAUCCCCAGUAACCAAAGAAAAAACAGCUGAAAACAUGAUUGGAGGAGAGCAUGCUCAGGGAACAAUACCCAACCAAACAAUGGCUCACAGUCCAGACAGCAGCAAAGAAAUUCAAAGACUGAAGGCAGAGCUAGAAAAAGUUCUGGAGAAAAACAGGGUUUUGUGCCAGCAACGUGAUGAAUUUUGUGAUGAAGCGGAGAGAAUGUCGCAGCUGCAACAGCUAAAACAGGAUGAAUACAACAAAAUGAAACAUUAUGUCAAGAUUCUGAGUGAGUGUCUUCAGGAGGAGAAGAACAGGAACAAAGCAGUGGAGGAUGAGAGGAGCAAAUUGACCAGUCAGAUUGGCCAGCUUAGACAGAGGUUUGAAAUUCUGCAGAUGGACAAAAAUGCAUUGGAAAAGGGACUCUCGUUUAAUGAAGAUAGGAAAAGACUACCUUCGAAGUCGACAGACAGUCGACUUAGCUCUAAUAUUAACUCUGAAACAAACAGUACAAAGUCUGGGAUUAGCUCUAAAUCUCACAUCAACCCCAAAUCAGGAAGUGUCAAACCUACAGCUUAUGAUAAAACGAAAGUUCCUUUUCCACUGAAGUCUAGUAGUUCCAAUCCAGGAAAAGUGAUAGAAAUGCCACAAAAAGGUGAACUUCCUCAGGGGUCGGCAAUGAACAUAGCUCCCCUGUAUAAUGACCUGUCAAAUCAGCAGAUGGAAGAAAAAGUGUCAAACAUUUCAGGUUCUGCAACAAUUGAGGAAUGUCCCCGGUGCCUGCAGCAGUUCACUGACGAGAAAGCAUACCAGAUCCAUUUGGAUAAAUGUGUUGAAUGAUAAUUGUUCUUUAACCUGACUUCCUUUAUACCCUUAUUUUUUUACCCCAAUAAGGUAGUGGAAUAUAGGAAUGAUCUUGUCCUGUCCUUACAUCCGUACAUUUGUACGUACGCCCAUCCUGGGACAUCUUUACAAGUCUACUUUUCUCCAUUACUCCAUAUGUUAUGAAUAUUGACUUCAAACUUAAUACACAGAUUGACUGUGUUGAAGGGAUGUGCUGUACAAAAUAAACAUUAUUUUGUGUAUGGUAUUUUUAGAGUUAUUGCCAUUUGAUUAUUUUUAUACUUAUUUUUUUACUUCUUACCGGACUUAUCUUGUCUGAAGCAUAAAUUGAAAAGUCUUUCAGGUAUUAACUUAAAACUUCAUAAACAGAUAGAUUCCAUUGACGAAACGUGCAGUGCACAGGAACCCUAAUUCUAAUAAUAAUAAGUUAUUGCCCUUUGUUAUUUUUGUUAUUUUUUUCUGGAGCAUAGCUUGAAAAGUCUGCGGUAUUUACUUUAAACUUCAUAUACAGAUAUAUAUCACAUUUAGGCUAAUUGCAGUGCAUAGGACUGCUCUUGUUAUCCUUAUUUUUUUAACUUCCCAUUUCUCUUAACUUUGUUUGUGAGGAUUAUUUUAUGUUUGGUCAACUCAUUUAAAAUUUCAUGCCUAAUUUCACAGAUGUUGUAGGCCUUAUUUCUAUUAAAAGUAGGACCAUUAACUUAAUGAUGCCUCUUCACUGACAUUAUGAGGAGCAUUCAAAGAGCAUACAUAACUCCCAGUGAUACUUCUUCUUACAAGUAGGUGGUUAAGUGGGGGAAUUAAUCAUAUUCAGUGAUAGCUCUAGUUUUACAAGGUUUAAAGUAUUAAUGUUCAUCACAGGAUUAUUGUUGUGCUCAGAACUUGCUAUGCACAUUGAAAAUGACCAAUAGAUGUCCCCCAAGGUCAAGGUCAUAGUGACUUCUUUUACAUUAAAAUUUGUAUAAAAUUGGGUUUGACAGUGGGUGCUACACAAAUUUAAUCUGCAGAAUCCUAUAUACCGGUAGUUGUUAAUUCUCUUAAUUGUUUUAAAUGAUUAGGAAAUACUAUUAAUUACAUCAUUGUUGUAUGUAUAAAGGGCAUUGAGAGAUCACUAUAACAUAACUGUUACAAAAUGCAAAUGUUGCUUCAUAUACAUGUAGUUAAAAAUGUAUACUUGUAUUACUUAAUAAAUGUUGCAUACUCUU